CGCAAGGGGCCGUCCCCGGCCGCCGGAUCCCCAACGGGGCUGCAGCGCCGCCCAGAGCGGCCUCGGGGGCGGCGGCCGCGGGAGGGGCUGGAGGACCUGCUUCCCACGCGGGGCCGUGGCGCAAGGGGGCCAGAUCUCGAGUAAACUUUCUAGCGGCUUCGGCCGGGGGUGGGGGUGGCUGCGGCAGCGGGCUUCGUCCGCUGGCAAAUCCUCCGCCAGGAGCUAGUGCCUUCGGCUGGGAGCGUCUGGAGCCCCAGCUGGCAGCGGCUGAUUGGCUGAGAUUUUUCACGUGAAGUCCUUUGGCAAGUUCCUUGGAAUGUGAAGUGAUGUCUUCAGGAAGUUAAACAUUUCAAUGGUGGCUACCACCUCACGUCAAGGGAACUGACAUUCUGUGUUUAAACAGAAGCUGUCGUCCUCUGCCCCAUAUCACUCUUCACAGAAAGGAUCUGCCACGAGACCGGGAGUGUUGACUGCUCUAAGGACCAAGGUGGGAUUGUAACAUCUUUUUGGAGAAGAAAAUUAGCUUGUUUUCCUGAAACUGGUGAAUGUGCAGUGGAUAGCUGCAUGGGAAGAACAAUAACCAGGUGGCUACUUCUACGUUUUGUACUAGGAAACAGAAUCAGUUGAAGAGUCCAUGCUGAUCUUGGAAAUAGAAGGAUUCAAAUACGUUUCUAUAAAAAACUUUACCAUCUCCUUUUCGAUCUGAAGACUGGGGGACCAUGGAUAUCGUAGAGACAGCAAAACUUGAAGAACAUAUGGAAAAUCAAACCAAUGAUCCUGCAAACACUUACACAAGACCUGCCGAACCUGUUGAAGAAGAAAACAAAAAUGGCAACAGUAAACCUAAGAGCUUACCCAAUGGGUUGCGAAAGGGCACCAAAAAGUACCCGGACUAUAUCCAAAUCGCUAUGCCCACUGAUUCGAGGAACAAAUUUCCCCUAGAGUGGUGGAAAACAGGCAUUGCCUUCGUGUAUGCUCUUUUCAACCUCGUCUUGACAACUGUCAUGAUCACAGUUGUACAUGAGAGGGUCCCUCCCAAGGAGCUCAGCCCUCCACUCCCAGACAAGUUUUUUGAUUACAUUGAUCGGGUGAAAUGGGCAUUUUCUGUAUCAGAAAUAAAUGGGAUUAUAUUAGUUGGAUUAUGGAUCACCCAGUGGCUGUUUCUGAGAUAUAAGUCAAUAGUAGGGCGCAGAUUCUUUUUUAUCAUUGGAACUUUAUACCUAUAUCGCUGUAUUACAAUGUAUGUCACUACUCUACCCGUGCCUGGGAUGCAUUUCGAGUGUGCUCCAAAGCUCAAUGGAGACUCUCAGGCGAAAGUGCAGCGGAUUCUGCGCUUAAUCUCUGGAGGUGGGUUGUCCAUUACUGGAUCGCAUAUCUUAUGUGGAGACUUUCUCUUCAGCGGUCACACGGUUGUGCUGACACUUACUUAUCUGUUCAUCAAAGAGUAUUCGCCUCGUCACUUCUGGUGGUAUCAUUUGAUCUGCUGGCUGCUGAGUGCCGCCGGGAUCAUCUGCAUCCUUGUAGCACACGAACACUAUACUGUCGAUGUGGUCGUUGCCUAUUUUAUCACAACACGGCUGUUUUGGUGGUACCAUUCAAUGGCCAAUGAAAAGAACUUGAAGAUCUCUUCACAGACUAAUUUUUUGUCUCGAGCAUGGUGGUUCCCCAUCUUUUAUUUUUUUGAGAAAAACGUACAAGGCUCAAUUCCUUGCUGCUUCUCCUGGCCACUCUCCUGGCCUCCUGGCUGCUUUAAAUCAUCAUGCAAAAAGUAUUCACGGGUUCAGAAGACAGGUGAAGAUAACGAGAAAUCUACCUGAGGAGCAAAAGAAAGGUAUCAGCUCUUUUACCAAAAGAGGUAUUGCUGUAACCAAAGGUAUAGUUUUGAUUUUUUAUUUUAGGAGAACUGACUGGUAAAUGAAGAAAUGGACCAAAUUUGUGUAAAUGAUUAGAAAGAUGAACAAAAUAUUACCCUUUGACUGGUUUUUUAUUCAUCCUGAGAAAGUUAUAUUCUCCUGUGGCUCUUCAUUCAUUGGUGACAAGCCCUCAACCUGGGAUUUUACUAAUGAGCUUGUUAAAGAGGUGCCAAAGAACAUAUUACUGCUUUCCUUCGCGUCCCGCUCCCCCAGGAAAGCUCUCUACUUCAGAAUUUUUUUCAGGAUUUUUUUUUUCUUCCAAGGUCAGAAGAAGUUGUUAAUGAUUUAAAUAAACUAUCUGGACAGAUACAGCUACUAUGUAAAUGGAAUAAUGUGGAGAGUGCAUUAAGCUUAUUAGUGAGGGGGGGAGAUCCCAGCGUUGUGAGUAAACUUCAGGCGAACUUUGUUUCUAAGGGAAGGUCAAGGUCAGGUCUGGGAAUGUGCACUGCUGCUAGCACCCAAUGUACUGUGUGUCAGUUUUACUUUAUUUUUUAAACUGAUCAUUUAUUUUUUAAAAAAAUGAAAGAAAUAUGGUCUAAGUAAAUAUGGAAGUAUCUGACACACCGCACAGAUUUUACAUGUGUGUAAAUAUUUCAAGAUCUCCAUGACAGAUACGCAGGCAGCAUGGAGCUGUUUCUGCGACUGAGUGGUCCUUGUGUGCACACUCACCUGCUGUUUGCCUGGUAAAUUUGCACCUGGUACCCCCAGGGCAGUCGACUGUGUGAACACAGGCUGGAAGCACCUGUGUGUGAACUGAUGCUUAUGCCAUCUGGAGAACAAGCCUGCACUUCCCUCCCAGGUCUCACCCUUUGUGAGAUCUGUUCUAGAGCUGCUAGUUGGAACUCAGAAAUACAGAUGGUCACAUUUCACUGAAAAACAUGUCUUUCCGGUUACAUUGUGCUUUAUGGAAAAACCAAGAUGGAGUCCAAAAGUUUAAUUUACCCUUGCUUUUUUGCAAGAGACCCAGCUUCUUACAAACUGAGUGUUUAUAAGAAGUAAAGACACAUACCACGACUGGGUCAUUUUACUUUGCCCUGAAAUUAUACCACGGUGCUGCACUGUAAUCUACUGUUGGAAUCGGUGUGCUAAACAGUUACAGCUACUCAGUAAAGGCGGUGGGGGGUCAUUGUUUCUAAAGUUCUUUCAGGUGAUGCAGAAGAGGAUUAACUCUUAAAAAUCUAAUCAGAUUUACUGUGCUGUCAGAUUUAGGGCAUUGUUUAAUGCUGUUGAAUCUUUUGGAUAAUUCUUGGCUUAAUUUCUUACAACUUCUAGUAACCUUAGAAAAAGAUUUAAGGUUACAAAAUCAUCAAUACUAAGUCAGAGGUCAGAGAGGCCAGUUGGGGUAGAAAGAGGCAGUUACAUUUACAUUGAAGGUAAAAUUUCCCUCCACUUAAAAUGGAAAAAAAAAGAAAAAUCCCUAAAUUUGUCAUUAUAAACUAGUCAUCUUUGAUUUGAUACAUAAAAUUGACCUUUAAAUUGCUUGAGAGAAGCACAAUACAACUUUAAGGCUGUUCAGAAGGGUCAUCAUCCUUUGGUGCUAAAAUUCUGUAUAUGUUUUCAGCAUGGCAUUUGUUCUGUAUAAGAAUCACUAAAGGAAAAGUAGUUGAAUUUAAAGCUUGGAAGAAAGAUGUUCUAGUCUGGGUAUUUAAAAUAAGAAAUGAAAUGCUAAACCUCCUUUGUGGGCUUUGAAAUGCAAGAAGCUUUUCCAGUGUUUAUUAUUAAACCAAUAAGAAACA